AUGAACGAUCUGCUCGCCGAGAUGGCGGCGGUCUCGUCGCGACGCAAACAAUCGAAACCUCGACGAAUGUCCGGAGACGCCGAAUCGAUGAUGUCGCCGAUCGACUUGUCAACGAAGGCAGCGUGCUUCGACGAUGAGAACAUGUGCGAUCGAAUGGCACCGCUCGAAGACAAAUCCAACUUGCUACUGGCCCAUCUACCACCGCCAUUCACCAAUCCGCAACAGUUCCUUUCGCUGUGCGCUCAACUCGGCAGCUCGUCGAGGAACCUCUCAUCAUCGGCCUCGUCGGUCUCAUCGUGUCCGAUACAGUCUUGCUCGCAGAGUUUCGGCUCGACGGCGGCGCUGACGUGGCACAUUCUUGAUGCUCAUGAGGACGAGCAGGAGAUGUUCUCGUGCGAUCAAUGCGGCACCUCGUUCUCCAAUGGUCAAGACAUUCGAGAGCACAAAUGUAGUAGGAAAAGCUCGCGAUGCGCCUCGGUGCCGCCGGCGACCCAUCCCAAUCAGGUGUGCUUCCUCUCGGCGCCGGCGACACCCAAUCCGCACUUCUCGAUCAACGACGUCGGCAGCUCGCGAUCCGACGACGGCGAGACGCCGCAGAUCAACACGAGUAUGCUAGGAAAAAUGAUACAAAAUGAGUUCAAUAAGAGCACACGGGUUCCGAUGUUCCAUGGUGCGACGAUUCCCCAACUCUCCGGAUUUCCGCCGAAUCUCCAACCGCCAUUUUUAAUGCGACAGCAAUUCGAUUCAAGACAAGAUGUUUUCGGUUCGAGACAUGAUAAUGAUGAUGAUUGGGAAGCCCUUAUGGAGAUUUCGACAAGCGAUGAAUCCGAGAAGAUCCGAGCACUGGUUGGCGACAAGGCGAUCCCGACGACCGAUCCGAAUCAGUGCAUCUUGUGCCGACGGGUCCUUUCGUGCAAGUCGGCCCUCCAGAUGCACUAUCGAACUCAUACCGGAGAGCGGCCAUUCAAGUGCAAGAUAUGUCAGCGCGCGUUCACGACGAAGGGCAACUUGAAGACGCAUAUGGGCGUCCAUCGGUCGAAGCACUCAUUUCGCGGAUUGCCGCUGGGCCUUCCGGCGCACUUCCAGACGCCGCGAAUGCACAUUCCGACGCCGCCGAUCCAGGCCACUCAGCAAUGUCCGAUUUGUCCGAAGCGAUUGUCGAACGCCGCCGAACUCGGCGCGCACAUCGCCGAGCAUCGCAACUCGCUGACGCAGCCGCCGAGGAUGGCGGCGCCGACGGCGACGAUGCCGCCGGUGUCGGUGGCGGUGUCGCGCGCGUUCCCGUUCGUCCCAUUCUUCACGCCGCCGCCGUCGGACAUGUCGACGCAAUUCAAUUUGGCGAGCAUUUUGUCGUCAACGACGGCGGCCGCCGGAAUCAAAAAGGAAACCGUCGAGACCGAAGACAAAUCGGAUGAUUCGCAACAGCAACAGCAGCAACCGCAACAGCAUCACACGAAAAUGGCGUCGCUGUCGCCGACGGACAGCAGCGAGAGCUCGUCGAGCAUCCGCAACGACAGCGCCGAGCCGCUUGACGGCACAUCAUCGGCCGAUGAGAAGCCGAAGAGCGACGAUCAGCAGAAGGCCGAGAAUCCGCUGCUCGCCAUGCAGAAGAUGUGGGCCGAGACGGAGCCGCCGCCGCCGCGUCAAAUGCCGGUGCUGUCGAAACACCAAUGCGGCGUCUGCUUCAAACAUUUCAGCUCGAGUUCGGCCCUUCAGAUUCACAUGCGAACGCAUACAGGAGACAAGCCGUUCAAAUGCGACAUGUGCGGCCGAGCGUUCACCACUCGCGGCAAUCUCAAAGUGCACAUGGGGACGCACGCGUGGCAGCAGAGUCCGUCGCGACGAGAUCUGCUUUCAGGACGCCGAAUAUUCGAUGUGAACGGUUCGGAGAAGCCGCUUCUCACGCCGCCAAUGUUGCCCGGCGGCGCCACGCCGCUGGCGAUGCUCAGCCAAACGAUUCCCAGCCUCGAGGUGAUGAUGAUGCUGUGGCGAACGGUGUGCUCGGUAUGCCAGCGUGUGUGCACAUCGCCGGCCGAGCUUGAGCAACACCUCAAAGAGCAUCUGACGAGCUCGAACGGCUCGAACAACGCGAUUCCAACAACACCACCACCAUCAUAG